GAAGCGACCUGCACUUAGGCUAGUUUCACGCUGCUCAGGCUUUCAGAGCAGUUGCAUCAUUUCCCUAUCACCUCCCCUUUCUGCUCACCGGCGAAGCCAACAUAUGCCAUGGUGCAACCAGUGCCUGAAUCCAUCCACUUUCCCUCUGAGGAAGAACGCAUCCUCCAGCUGUGGAAGGACAAGGACUGCUUCCAGGAAUGUCUCAAACAAUCCAAGAACCGACCUAAGUACACAUUUUAUGAUGGGCCACCAUUUGCCACUGGCCUGCCUCAUUAUGGUCACAUUCUGGCUGGUACCAUCAAAGACAUUGUCACCAGGUUCUCCCAUCAGAGUGGCUUUCAUGUAGACAGGAGAUUUGGCUGGGAUUGCCAUGGACUGCCUGUGGAAUAUGAAAUUGAUAAGACCCUUGGCAUUAAAGGGCCAGAUGAUGUGGCCAAGAUGGGAAUCGCAGAAUACAACAAGCAGUGCCGGAACAUUGUGAUGAGAUACUCAAAUGAAUGGGAGGCUUCUGUAACCCGAAUGGGACGAUGGAUUGACUUCAAGAAUGACUACAAGACUCUUUAUCCAUGGUUUAUGGAGACUGUUUGGUGGGUGUUCAAGCAGCUCUAUGACAAAGGCUUAGUCUACAGAGGAGUGAAGGUCAUGCCUUUCUCCACCGCCUGCAAUACUCCGCUGUCCAACUUCGAAUCCAACCAGAACUACAAGGAUGUCCAGGACCCAUCUGUCAUUGUGAGCUUCCCUUUGUUGGAGGACGAGGCUGUGAGUCUGAUUGCCUGGACCACCACCCCCUGGACCCUGCCCAGUAACUUGGCUCUCUGUGUCAAUGCUGAGUUCCAGUAUGUCAAGGUCCAAGAUAACGCCACCAAGAAGGUCUACAUCAUGAUGGAGGCCCGCCUGGGAGCUCUGUUCAAGACAGAGGCUGAGUACACCCUGCUGGACAAGUUCCCUGGCAAGACGCUGAAAGGCAAGAAGUACAAGCCACUCUUUGAGUACUUCAGCGGGUGUAAGGAGAGUGGGGCCUUCCAGGUGGUAAUGGAUAACUAUGUCCGUGAAGAGGAGGGUACGGGAGUGGUCCACCAGGCACCGUACUUUGGCGCUGAUGAUUACCGAGUCUGUAUGGAAUAUGACAUCAUCAAGAAAGACUCGGCGCCCAUCUGCCCCGUGGACUCUUCCGGAUGCUUCACGGCUGAAGUCACCCAUUUUGUUGGCCAGUAUGUGAAGGAUGCUGACAAAAACAUCAUCAAAUGGCUGAAGGAAAGUGGACGCCUGGUCAACGCCAGCACAUUCAAACACAACUACCCUUUCUGCUGGAGGUCAGACACCCCGCUGAUCUACAAGGCAGUGCCAAGCUGGUUUGUUCGCGUUGAGCACAUGGUUGAGAAACUUCUGGAAAACAACAGCAAAUGUUACUGGGUACCAGAGUUUGUGGGGGAGAAGCGCUUUGGCAACUGGCUUCGUGACGCCCGCGACUGGGCCAUCUCCCGGAACCGCUACUGGGGCACUCCUAUCCCCCUCUGGGUCAGCGAUGACUACGAGGAGGUUGUUUGUGUGGGAUCCAUUGCUGAGCUUGAAGAGCUGACUGGAGUGAAAGUAACCGAUCUGCAUCGGGAGAGCAUUGAUGGCCUGACCAUCCCAUCGCGCUGUGGGAAGGGCCAGCUGAAGCGGGUCUCCGAGGUGUUCGACUGCUGGUUUGAGAGUGGCAGCAUGCCCUACGCUCAGGCCCACUAUCCCUUUGAGAACCGCAAGGAGUUCGAAGACACCUUCCCUGCCGACUUCAUUGCAGAGGGCAUUGACCAGACCAGAGGAUGGUUUUACACGCUACUGGUGCUGUCUACUGCCCUCUUUGGUAGACCUCCCUUCAAGAAUGUGAUCGUCAAUGGACUGGUGCUGGCCAGUGAUGGCCAGAAGAUGAGCAAAAGGAAGAAGAACUACCCAGACCCAAGCAUUAUUGUGCAGAGCUAUGGUGCUGAUGCCUUGAGGCUGUACCUGAUCAACUCCCCGGUGGUGCGGGCUGAGAACCUGCGCUUCAAGGAGGAGGGGGUGAGAGACGUGCUGAAGGAUGUCUUUCUGCCCUGGUACAAUGCCUACCGCUUCCUGGUGCAAAACGUACAUCGGCUGCAAAAGGAGGACCGCAUCCAUUUCCUGUACAAUGAGGGCACUGCCAAGCCUAGUGACAACAUCAUGGACAAGUGGAUCCAGUCCUUCACCCAGUCCCUCAUCCAGUUCUUCAAGGCUGAGAUGGAUGCUUACAGGCUCUACACCGUGGUCCCCAGGCUGGUCAAAUUUGUGGACAUGCUAACCAACUGGUAUGUGAGGACUAACCGCCGGCGUCUCAAGGGGGAGAGUGGCACGGAGGAUUGCCUGUGGGCGCUGGAGACCCUCUUCAGUGUGCUGCUCACCAUGUGCCGGCUGAUGGCUCCCUUUACCCCCUUCAUCACGGAGAUAAUGUACCAGAACCUCCGCCACCUGAUUGAUCCGUCGUCCGUGGAGGAGAAGGACAACAGCAGCAUCCACUACCUCAUGCUGCCUCAAGUGAGGGAGUCAUUGAUUGACAAGCGCAUCGAGAGCGCCGUGUCCCAGAUGCAGUCUGUCAUUGAGCUGGGCCGUGUCAUCCGGGAUAGGAGGACCAUGCCCGUGAAGUAUCCCCUGAAGGAGGUGGUGGUGAUCCAUCAGGACCCUGAAGCCCUGCAAGAUAUCACGUCCCUGCAGAAGUACAUUCUGGAGGAGCUGAACGUCCGCCAGCUCACGCUGUCCACUGACAAAGACAAGUACGGCAUCCGGCUGAGGGCGGAGCCUGAUCACAUGGUGCUGGGCAAGCGCCUGAAGGGAGCCUUCAAGUCCAUCACGGCCUCCAUCAAGGAGCUGAAGAGUGAGCAGCUGGAGGCGUUCCAGAAGACUGGCUCCAUCAUUGUGGAUGGACAUGAGCUCCACGAAGAGGAUCUGCGUUUGAUGUACACCUUUGAUCAGACGUCUGACUCAGCAACUCAGUAUGAGGCCCACUCAGAUGCUCAGGUGCUGGUGCUGCUUGACGUUACACCAGACCAGUCCAUGGUGGAUGAGGGUGUUGCCCGCGAGGUGAUCAACCGCAUCCAAAAAUUACGCAAAAAGGGCCACCUGGUCCCCUCAGAUGAAAUUACAGUGUACUACAGCUGCCAGCCUGCAGGAGAGUAUCUGGACCAAGUGAUCCAGGCACACACAGACUUCAUCCUGGCCACAACCAAGGCUCCAUUAAAGCCCUACCCCGUCCUCAAGACCGCCAGUGUCAUCGUGCAGGAGAGAACUCAGCUGAAGGGCUCGGACCUGGAGCUGACCAUUGUGAAGGGAGCUGCGGGGACCAGAGAGGCCCUAAAUGGCCCUGCCUGUGCCUACGUCAACCUCAAACUCCACCUCGGCAACAAGGAGCAGGAGGGCGUGGUGCUUCUGGAGAAUCCUAAAGGAGACAACAAGCUGGAUGUGGAAAAGCUGAAGGUGGUGUGUCAGAGCGUCUUUGGGCAGCAGAACUCCUCAUUUGCGCUUUUCAAUGGGAAAACCGAGCUGACUGAGAAGAGUGACCUCUUCGCCCUGAGUGGGAAGACUCUGUGUGUGUCUGCCAAUGGGCUCUCCAGUGAGGCCCCCGGCUCCAACACCCUGCUCUGUCCCUAUGUCAACCUCCAGCUGGUCAACGCACAGCCCGCAGAAUGCCAAAGUGGGGACGUGGGGACACUGCUGCUGUUCAACCCAGUGGGUCAGAAUGGCCUGACACACAGCAGUCUCCUCACAGAGACUGGCAAGGUGUUUGGCCUCCGCAGCCGAAGACUCAAGCUCUACCUGGACGAGGAACUUACACAAGAGCUCACAGAUCAAUGUCCUCUGAAGAGCCUGAACACCAAAACUCUGUUUGUUCGUGCGCUGCCCACAACGGCUGAAGCUUGAACAUGUGACGACCGUAAUUGAAGACAGGAAGCAACACGUCCACCUUCAAUACAAUGAAUACUGUAGAAGUUCUGUUGUUGCUAAAGUAUGUGGAAACCCUCUACUAUUCCUAUAUAUCAGGUGAGAAAGGGCUCUGUUGGCCACUCUGGGCCUGAUCCACCCCAGGCUUUCAUUAGGGGGGAAGAUCAGAGGGACUGUGCUUGUGGCAUCCUCCAUUUUUAGAUGCCAUGUAGAUGCGAGAAGACAAACCCAAACCCAGGUAAAUGCCAACUCAUCAUGGGGAAAAUAAAGAGAGAAAAAACGUAAUACAUUCUUAAAGGAAAGGUUACAUGCCAACUACAACUGAAUAUGUGUUACAUUCACAACCCAGUGUUGAAGGCUGUCUACUGUACAUGAUGUUCUACUCAAGCAAUUGUCUGGAAAUGUUCCCUUUAAAAAAAAAAAAAGUCAAAAUGGUUUCCUCAGUGGACUCCUUGCUUUCAAAGCCCAUUCUCACACUAGUCUUUCUCUAUGAACCUGAAAACCUGCUGGAUACAUCUGUAAAGACAAACAAAUAAAGUACUUUGAAACAUCA